AUGAGUUCAAGCACUGCCUUAGCAACAGCCAACUUUAAAUCUAAAGAGAAAAGUUUGUUCACUUAGAUGCUCAACUUCUAUGAUAACAAGCAAUUCAAGUAGUCACUAAGAAAUGCAGAUUAAAUUUUAGAAAAGCAUCCAGAUCAUCCAGAGACUCUCGCUAUGAAAGCUCUUAAUAUGAACUCUUUAAAGAGAAAAAUCGAGGCAUUUGAGUUCAUUAAGAAGGCCCUCUUUAAAAAUCUUUCUAACUUUACCUGCUGGCAUGUGUAUGGUAUUUUGCAUAGGUCAAAUAAAAAUCCAGAUGAAGCAAGAAAGGCUUACUUAAAUGCCUUGAAAUACGAUAAAGACAAUCAAAAUGUAUUGAGAGAUUUAGGUCAGCUCUAAAUCCAAUUAAGAGAUUAUGAAGGCUAUGCUGAAACCAGAAGACAAAUUUUAGUUUCAAAGCCAACAGUUAAUAUCAACUGGAUGGCAUAUGCUUGCCAUAAAUGCGAAAGAGCUCUUGAGGUUUUAGAAUCUUUUGAUAAAACUCUAAAAGAAAACAAAGAAAAGUUAAAGAAUCACGAGAGAACUGAAAUCACUCUUUUUAAGGCAAAAUUAUUUGAGGAAAUGGGAGACUAUUAGAAAGCUAUUAAUCUUUUAUAAAAGAAGGGUCUAAUAGUUGAUCAAAUCAGUAAAUUUAGAAAACUAGCUGAAAACUAUCAGAAAUUAGGAAAUAAAGAUAAAGCUCUGGAGCAUUUAGAGGACUUACUUGAACUAAGCUCUGCAAAUACAAAUAAUUAUUACCAAAUUUUAGCAGUCCAUGGCUAUUCAAAUAAAGAAUUCAAAUAUAGUUCAGAAGAUUAGUUGAAAAUUAAAGAGAUCAUUGAGGUCUAUGAAAAUAGAUUCCCUAGAGGAAACUCUCAUUAAAGAGUUUUGCUAAAGAUUUUAACUGGGGAAUUAUUUAGAGAGAAACUAUAUUAAUACUCCAAGCCCUAUCUUAUUAAAGGUGUACCACCUCUUAUUGUAGAUCUAAAGGAUGUUUAUUAAGAUAAAGAAAAGACCUAAAUCUUAGAAGAAACAUUACUCUCACAUCUCAAGUCUAUGGAAGAAAAAAAUACUCUUUUUAAUGAUGAAUAGGAGCAAGAUCCUACCGUCUAUUUAUGGCUUCUUUAUUACACAGCUCAACAUUACUACUAUUUAAGAGAUUACAAUUAAGCUCUAAAAUAUAUCAAUGAAGCUAUUAAUCACACUCCUACUGUGAUUGAUCUUUAUGUCGUUAAAGCUAAAAUCUAUAAGAGAGCUGGAGAUAGAGAAUAUGCCUCAAAGCUUUAUGAGGAAGCUAGAAAAUUAGAUUUAGCUGAUAGAUAUCUAAAUGCUGUUUCAUCAAGAUACUUGAUUAGAGCAGAUCAUGUUGAAGAAGCAGAAGAAACAAUGGGUUAGUUCAGCAAAGAAGGACAAGAAUUAAAUGUUCAUGAUAUGUAAUGCAUGUGGUAUGAAAAUGAAGUAGGACUUUCUUAUCUUAGACAAGGAAAUUAUAGAUUAGCUUUAAAGAACUUCAACUAUAUUGAAAAGCAUAUGGAGUAGGUAUUUGAGGAUCAAUUAGACUUUCAUCUCUAUGCAAUGAGAAAAUAUACCUUAAAUGCCUAUUUCUAAAUGCUUGAAAUGGAAGACAACAUCUAUAAGAACAAAAAUGCAGUCAGAGCAGCUAUUGGUAUCAUAAAAACUAUGAAAAAAGUAGAUAAAAUCAGAGAAGAAGAACAAAAGAAAUUCUAGCCUGAAUUUGAUUCAUAUAAGGCAUCAACUGAAUAUAUUAAAAUGUGUGAAGAACUUAAGAAAAGAGACGAAGAUGAUGAGUUCAAGAACGAUUUUGAUCCUAAAGGAUACGAUCUUUAUCAGAAAGCUCUUUAAGAUCCAAUUAAAGUAGCUUAUGAUUUUGCAGUAUUGGUGGCAUCUUGUAAUCCAGAGGUUAAAGAAGUUUAAGCUAAAAUGAUUCCAAUCUAUCUUAGAAAAAAUAAGCUACUUGAGGCAUUAAAAGCAGUUAUUGCUCUCACUGAAAGACAUCCAACCUAUGAGAAGACCUUGUCAUCAAGAAUCAGAUUUAGUUAACACUGGAACUCCUUGACAGAGGAAUAAAGAAAACAAGCAAUUCCAGAUGAGAAACUUCUGAAAGUAGCAAGCUAAGAAUUUGAGGCCCUUGGAGCUAGUGAUGAGCAAUCCUUAAAGAACCUUAGCGAAGAGCUAUUAAAUUAAAAUUUAGACAAGAUAGAGCAUGUUCACGAAUACAUCAAGACAAGGACUGUCCUAUUCAAGGAAAAUGACACGGCUAAAUACGAAAAAGUUGCAAUUGAUGCACUCACCAAUGAUUUAAGAAGAAACUUCAAAGUUCACAACGCAGCUAAUACACUUAAAAGAUUGACUAAGAUUGGUGCAUCAGAUGUAUAGUACAGAUAGAAGGCUCAAGAAGUAUUCAUUCACGCAAGACACUUUGAUUGA